AUGAAACUCCCUCCCUCGUCGCCCAUGUCACAUAAAGUCGUCGUUGGCACGCUUGCCACGGUUGUCGGCGCGUACGCGUUCUGGCAGGUGGGGCGAGAUUUCCAAUUUGUGAAAUUUGAGCCCAGAUCGCCAGAAGAAAUCGAAAAAAGAAGAAAAGAAGGCGUCGGGUUGGAAAUCAGGUCGUUGGAGACGCGUCUGUUGGAGUACACGCCCGAGGCGAAGGCCCGGAUGAGGGCAAAAUUCGAAGAAGCCAAGAGGCAGCAAAAAGACGAGAAAGAGGGUGGAAAGUAA